AUGGAUCCAACUUCGAAGCACGGCUGGUCCGAACCUCGAGCCGCGGAGAGGAAGGGUUCUGUUCGUCGCGCAAGGGAAAUGCUAGAAGUUGGUAAACGCCCUAAGAUUCGAGCUCCUCAGGCAAACGCGAUGCUACCACCCGAACCCCGUAUGUCCCAACAGACUGCGUGGCCGUUAUUGGGUGAUGAUGGGCCCGUGACAAACGCCGUUGAUCCCCAGGGGCGGCUGUCAAAUAUGGUGGAUUCACAAGGGAGACUUCUCGGGCCCAGAGGGCCUUCGCCUCAGCACCCACCUCCUCGCCCAGCUCGAUCGGAUCCUCCAUCGCCCUCUGUGUAUUCUGAAAGGAGCGUUCCAGACGCUGUUCCUAGUCCUCUACAUCUCAACAACCGCAACCGCGCCCCAUCAUUCUCUCAGCCGUUUGCCAAUCAGCAACACAUCCACCCUGCCCUGCGGGAGCCCGUGCCAACAGCACACGAUGACAUGUUUAGGAAGUCUGCAGCCUCGUCCCUGGCUUCUAUCCCUUCGAUACCCGACUUUCCCCCGCCACUUCCUCAGAACAAACAUCUCGCACCUCCGGCCCCUAUACGUCCAGGUAUGACUCGCGGGUCCUCUGUCUCGCCAAUACCCGAAGAAUUGCCCGAUAGUCCAACAAUUUUAAACAAGCCAUAUGCCAGACUCACCGCAUCCAGUUGGAAUUCUGAGCAGCGGGAGUCCGAGGUAUUGGGUGUGUAUAUGGAUGGCGAAUCUGAUGGGACGCCUGAGUCGCCUGAACAUGCCGAAGUGACUCUGGUUCGACAAGCUAGCGUUGGAACCCGAGGCAAGCCUUCUUUGCGAACCAUCAGUAAACCCAGCACUGAGGCUUUGGUCGGAGGAAAUGGCAGAACAGGAACACCAAUAGGACAGACCAAUGAUGCCCGUCUUAAGGAGGUCGCAGCUGGUUUGGCCCGGCGAGACUCCUUUACCUCGUCCUCAUCCGAGGAGUCAGACAUCGACCCAGAAAAACCGCCAAUUGUGCUAGGAGACGAUAAAAGUGCACACCAGUCGUAUAAUAGCGACGUGAGAUCUUUUGAGAAAGUGGCGGCGUUUCCCCAAAGAGCUCCAACUAUGAGCGAGAUGAGGCCAGGGGCUCGCAGGCCGCCUCGCUUGAACAUCAACGCUGUGCGCGAAGCUGAAGCCCGUGGUAGUCUCACAAGUCUAUCAGACUUGAUUAAACGUGCGACAAAACUUGCAACCAACCUUGAGCAUGGGCGGACAGCAAGCAGGAAUGACCUUCUGAACGUUGGGGGUUCUAGGCAUCCGUUCGGCGAUCCUAAUCGCAGAUCAGGCUCAAUAAAGGACAUAUUAGCCUCGUUUCCUAACCCUGCCGCGACACCAGAAGGCCGUUCAUCUUGGCCCAUAUUCUGGAGGAGAUCCACACUUCACCAACUACACUCGCAGGAACAGGGGCGAGAAGUGAACCAGGAGAAAGGCAGCACUAAAAACCAGCGGCGCCGAUGCUGCGGAAUGCCUUUGUGGGCGUUCAUUACCACUUGCGUGAUCCUGCUCCUCAUUAUCGCUGCCGCCGUUCUGAUACCCAUAUUCCUGAUUGUUGUUCCUCGGGAAAACAAGAGUAACAACAGCAGCGACACGCUGUGUGAGGAAACUAGCCCCUGUUCAAAUGGUGGUGUCAGUGUAUCAAGUGGUGAUAUUUGCUCAUGUGUUUGCGUCAACGGAUACACUGGCUCGCGCUGUACGACCUCCGGCGAUGCUAGCUGCGUCACCACUGAAAUCACUCAGAACUCAACGUCGAGGAAUGCUACCGUUGGGGAUGACCUUCCACGUCUAUUCGAAGGUUCUCAAAGCAAUUUCAGCAUUCCGCUGGACUCUGUCACCAUCAUGGCGCUCUUCAGUCAGAACAAUGUCUCAUGCACCACCGAAAACGCGCUUGUAGCGUUCAAAGGACUGUCUUUGAAUGAUAACAAGCGUCGUGAUCUCACCACAGAUCGACUAUUGGCCAGCGAUAAGGCCUUGUCACAGCCAAACGAGCCCACUGCGACGGUUCCUGUGCGAAGAGACGUUGCUACGAAGAACGGUAUUCUCUUUGAGGAUUCUGAAACUGACGAAAGCCCUGCAGCGGCACAGACAAGUUCCGCUUCAAGAAGCAAAGCGACACCAGCUCCCACCUCCGCCGUCACUACCGAGGCGCUUGACUUUUCUCGGAUUGCUGUUCUGUACAUCCUCGAGAAAACUGGCACACUCGAUGCGGCCAUGUUCUCGGCAGAUAUUAUCCAGAAACACUUGGAACAUUCUUACUCGAACUCAUCUGGUGAGAACUUUAUCAUUGAUCUCGUUCCUUCUGGGGUAAAAGGCAACAUUACCCUGGACUAUGAAGGGUUCACCAUCACUGAUUUUGACGGUGAUACUGUUGGUGCUUCAUAA